GAAUGAAAUUCGUUUUAUUUAUUUAUGGCAAAAGUCAAAAAAAAUAUUGUAAGUUUGUGUUGUUUAAAAAAGAAUUUUUUUAGAAGAUUUUAUUUUCAAUUUUUAAAUUAAAAAAUAUUUCUGGGUUUGGUUGGUUGUUGGAAAAAAUGAACGACUCUUUUGAACAAGUUGAGAGUGAUGAAGAAAUAGAGGUUACUGCAAAAGAAGUUUAUGAAAAAAUACUUCAGGCUUGGCUAAAUGAAAAAUUUUCUCCGGAACUACUAGAAUCAAGAAAUGAACUUAUUGAAUGUAUGCUUGCUCAAGUUAAAGAAAUAGAAAGUGGAUUUAUUCAGAAAAAUAAAAGUUUAGAAUCCACUUUACAAAAAGUUGAACUUGAAAGAGUAAAAUUUGUUAUAGCCAGUUAUCUGAGAGAACGCUUGAAAAAGAUUGAAAAUAAUGUCGUUCAUGUAUUAGAAAUGGAGGCUUUAAAUGAAACUUCAAAACUAUCACCUGAAGAAUUAGCUUACGCAAAAUCGUAUGUGUAUCAUCUCAGGUUUGCAGAUGCUACUCAAAAGCACCUGAAUACAUUAGCACUAGACCAAAUGCCGGUUAAUAUGCAAAGCAUCGAAAGAACAAAAACAACUCCCCGUCCUAAUCUUGAUGAAUACAUGUUCAUUCGAGUUAACGAGAAGCAAACUCAAGUGCUUAUUGAUCCAGAAGAAGAUCCGUUAGAUUUAGAAGUUGGAUCGCAACAUAUAGUUCGUUUUAAGCCUGUAGGGGCUCUUGUCGAGAGUGGAGCAAUAUCGUUGCUCUGAUUUCAUAACUGCCAAUCAAAAGAGUCUUUUUAAAUUAGCCUAUUCAAAUGUGUAAAGUGAUCGUAUAUAACGCAAAGUUGAAAAGCUUUUUAAAGAUAAAUGAAGAUUUUUGUCAUAUAUUUAUAUUAAAGCAAAGUUGAAAAGCUUAGUAAAGGUAAAUGAAGAUUUUUAUCAUCUAUAUUAGUAAUAGGUGUAAAAGUAGACGUUGCUUUGAAAUGGUAAGAAA